AUGUGGGGCCAGGCCGCACUACCACUCGCGCUGCUUCUUGUCACGCCACACGAUCCUUCUGUCUUGACCACCAUCUCUUGUCUCUCCGACUCAUAUCGUGGGCAAUUCGGUGGGAACAGCGUCUUCAUUGUUGACGAUGCCUGCUUGAGCUCUUCGACCGGUCUCCUCGGUGAAGGGUCUGUCGUUCCUCUUGAUGAUACAGAUCGCCAGCUUGUCUGGUUGGAGCAAGAGGUCGUGGAGGACACGUUGGGGCUGCCCUCCCCUGAGGACAUAACCAGCUUCAUCUCUGCGUUGUCAGGCAGCCCCUUCACUGCGCAAGAUGGAGAGCAGCAGGUCCUUGCCGAUUCCUUGUACGGAAACGUUGUGCUCGCAGAGACAGCGUCCUCCAUGGUCAUCUCCGUUGCACCCGAGGUUGCGCGCACAAUUGACACUCACCUCCCCCGCUUCUGGAAGUCGGCUCCUAUCCCGCCCAAGUCCGUACCAUACGUACCAAUAUCGUCUGCCGCAUCGCAGCGCGUCAAGGAGAUUGCCGCGUCCGUGAAGUUCGACCCGGUCGUCGCAUCGAUCGUAGGGAAUCUGUCCAUCACCCAGAUGCGCAAGGACGUGCGCUAUCUCACCGGCGAAGACCCGUCCUCUGGCAUCGUCUCCCGGCACGCGUUCUCCGAGGGUGCACUCCAGGCUGCGGCCUGGCUGAAGGAGCAGUUCGAGAGCACCGGUGCCUCUUGCGAGCUCAAGCCCUUCCUCCGCGGUUUCUCGCCGAAUGUCGUCUGCACGUACGCGGCGACCGAGGACACGACCGAGACGAUGCUCCUGAGUGCGCACUACGACAGCCGCGGCUCAUUCGGGAGCACUCGCGCUCCGGGCGGGGACGACGAUGGCUCGGGCACAACCGCCCUGCUUGCGAUCGCACGCACCAUCGCGCGGAAGGGCGUCACCUUCCGCAAGAACAUCCAGCUCGUCGCGUUUUCGGGCGAAGAGCAGGGCCUCUACGGUUCGAAGGCGUACGCUCGGGAGAUGUAUGAGUUGGGCGCGAACCUGACGCUCAUGAUCCAAGCUGACAUGCUGGGAUACCAUGCGCCCGGAGAACCAGCGCAGCUUGGGCUCCCCGCGAGCAUCGGAAGUGUGGAGGUGAUGCAGCUGGUGUCGAACAUCUCGGCGAUAUACAGUCCGGAGCUCGUGGUUGGCACGACGAGGGCUUGCUGCAGUGAUCACCAGAGCUUCCAUGAAUUAGGCUUCCCGGCGACGCAGGUGUUUGAACGCGCCGGCCCCAUUGCUGACCCCAUGUAUCACAACAGUGGUGAUCUCAGCGACCGUGAGGGCUACGACUUUGGACAGGUCCGCUCGAUUGCGAAGGUUCAGUUCGCUACCCUCCUGCACGCGGCAGGCUUUGACCUGCCGGAGUAG